GCCAACCCAGCAGUAGUGGUUUCGCAAGCCUGCCAGGAUGGCAGAGUCCGGGCCCUUCCCGCUGCUGGUCGAGGGGUCUUGGGGCCCAGACCCCCUGAAGACCUUAGUCAAAAAGUUGCAAAUGUACUUCCAGAGCCAGAAGAAGUCGGGCGGAGGGGAGUGCGAGGUCGUCCCGCAGCCCGGGAGCCCGGCAAGUUUCUUGGUGCUCUUCUCCCCAGAGGACGUUCGGCAGAAUGUUCUGAAGAAAGAGAAUCAUGAGUUAGUGUGGCCAGGAAAAGGGACAUUCAAGUUAACUCUCCGGUUGCCCGAAGACCCAGAGAAAGCCGCAGACUCUAAGGAGGCAGUUCCGGGAAAGGAAUCCAGGACAAAAAAAGAAGCUGCAAGAAAAGAUGAUUUGGAUGCAGCACAUUCUCCCAGCAACAGAACGGGAGAUGUCCUCAAAGAAUGUGAAACUGUUUCCUCCAUGGUGACAUUUGAAAAUCUGCCAGAGAAAGUGACUGACACAGUGCUGACCAUCCUGGUGGAGAAUAUAAGCGGCUUUUCCAGUGACGACUUUAAGGUUGAAGUGAUUCAAGAUUUUGGCGUUGCCGUGGUUACCUUUCAGAAGCCUAUAGAUAUCAAAAAAUUUAUUAGUGAUUUUAUCAGUCACCAUUCGAGCCGACAGCUGCAGCUUACCCCGAGACUUCUGGAAACAACAAAUGUAGUUAGGGUGGAAAACCUGCCUCCUGGGGUAGAUGACUACCAGCUUCAGCUCUACUUUGAAAGCCCUUUCAAUGGGGGCGGAAGAGUCACCCAGGUUGAGUGUUUCCCAGAAGAGAGCUCGGCGCUGGUUGAGUUUUCAGACAGCAAAGUGUUAGACACCAUUAUGACCAAGAAGCACAGUUUCAACAGGAUGCAACUGUCUGUCUUCCCCUAUUAUCCUUCUCUGGGCACAGCCUUGUAUGGUGAGGAGAAGCCACUGGUCAAGCUUCCAGCACCUUUCCAAGAGUCACUGGACCCUCCUUUGUGGAAGUUCUUUCAAAAACAUAAUCAUCUAAUAAAGGAGAUAAAUGACAAAAUGAGACGCUUUCACUGUGAGCUAACAUGGUCUGACAUCAACGGCACAGUGACCAUCAGACCUGCUGCCACCUUAGUCAAUCACAGACCAAGCAUCAAGACCUGGCAGAGAGACGCCUCCGAGCUGCUGUCUGGCACCAAGUCUAAGUACGAAGUUAAGGUGUUUGAGGUGUAUCCGCCAGUGUGGGACAUCAUACAGCAUGAAUUAGGAGAUGACAGGGUUCUAAUUGAGUUUGAUAAGGAGAGUCUCACCUUAGCCGGAAAAUCAGAAGAUGUCCAAGACAUCGGCCAGAAAAUCAGGGAGUUAAUAGACAGCACCACGGAACAGGUCCGAAAGGAGGAGCAGAGUCUGAAGGAGAAAGUGGCCAUUUCUCCGGGGAAACAUUUUCUUUUGGAACACAGUGGUUUCCUGGAUGAUCUAAGGAAAGAGAACCCAGAGCUGGAGAUUCAUUACGAUGCUGCCACUCAGCACCUGUGUUUUAAUGGAUUCCGUGCAGAUGUGUAUAAAGUAAAGUGUGACAUCCAGGAAAAGGUGUAUUCCAUGCCUCAGAAAGACAUCCUGCUUCCUUCUGCAGUCUUCAUGUUUCUGCAGCAAGUCGACAGUCAGAAAUUCUCCAAGACUCUUUUUGAAGCACAGAAAAUUCUGGCCACGUAUGAACUGAACAGUACAGCUCUUCUCUUGAUGGCCUGCUCUUUUGGAGCCCUGGCAGAAGCAGAGAAUAAAAUGCUUGAUGCCUUGAGUUAUAAAAUCAUUGAAGUUGAAGAAAAGAAAGUUUUUAGAGGCAAUGCAUGGAAAAAGAAAAUUCACCCUCUGCAAAAGAGACACUCCUCCACUGCAAGCAUUAUGAUAAAGAAUAAAUUAACUUUAGGAAGCCCGGCUAAGGUCAUCAUUGCAGGCUGUGUGAAAGAAGUAAAUGAAAUCUAUGGCCAACUUUUUAAGUUCUUGGAAAACAAGAUGAAAAUUGAAAGACUGGUUGAAAUUGAAUCGGUCUUGAUUAUCGAGCAUUUAAGGACAGACAAGAAGCUGUUCUGGCCAAAGAUAAGGAAGGCCAAUGUGCAGGCAAGUUUUAAGCUGGAAGAUGAACCAAAAGGCAUUUUACUAACUGGCUCCAAGAGUAAAGUUCUAAAGUGCAUGAACAUGGUCAAGCAAAUCCGGGAUUCAGUCUGCAUUAAAAGGUUCCAUAUUGAUGAUCUUUGGUCAGGCGUGGCCACUCUCUGGCCUCAGAGAGGCAUGGCGGUCCAGCUGGAGGGUGAACUCAGGAAGGCAGUGGCCCCGCGUGAGGACCAAGGAUGCAGUCUUGUUGUGGGAGCCAAAAUGGGCAUUGGGCAGCAUUGUCUGGUGAACUCUCCUUGUCAUUCCUUUUUGCCUGGUGCUUGCCCUCUUGUCAACAUGGAGAAGAGGGAGCUGAUCGAGAAGGCCAAGUUGGCUGAGCAGGCCCAGCGCUAUGAGGACAUGGCCAUCUGCAUGAAAAUGGUGACAGAGCAGGGCACCGAGCUAUCCAUGGAGGAGCGCAACCUGCUGUCGGUGGCCUGCAAGAACGUGGUUGGGUACCGCAGGUCCUCCUGGAGGGUCAUUUCGAGCAUCGAGAAGAAGAUAGAUCAGAAGACCCACACCUCUGACAAGAAGUUGAAGCUGAUCAAGGACUAUCGGGAGAAAGUGGAGUCAGAGGUGAGGUACAUCUGCACCAAGGUCCUGGAAUUGUUGGAUAAAUAUUUAAUAGCCAAUGCAACUAAUCCAGAGAGUAAGGCCUUCUAUCUGAAGAUGAAGGGAGAUUAUUUCCGGUAUCUUGCUGAAGUAGCAUGUGGCAGUGAUCAAAAACAAAUGAUAGAUAAUUCCCAAAGAGCCUACCAAGAGGCACUUGAUAUAAGCAAGAAAGAGAUGAAGCCUACACAUCCAAUCUGCUUGGGUCUGACCCUUAACUUUUCUGUAUUUUACUAUGAGAUCCUUAAUAAUCCAAAGCUUGCCUGCACACUGGCUAAAACUGCUUUUGAUGAGGCCAUCGCAGAGCUUGAUACACUGAAGGAAGACUCCUACAAAGACAGCACCCACAUCAUGCAGUUGCUUAGAAACAACUUAACAUUACGGACACCAGACAGUAUAGGAGAAGAAUUUGGUGCAGCGGAGGGGGCCAAAAACUAAAGGCAUCCUGGGUACUGUCCUUUAUCCCCUCAAGAAAACCCUUUUACAUCUCUAUUCCUUAUUUCACUUGGAUUUCCUCUAGCAAGGAAGCUUAUUCAUGUGUAUGGGAUCAACUGUUUAUAGUCUUUUCACACUACAGCUUUGGGAAAACUCGAUACCCUGAUUUGUGUUGUCUUGGCCUUCCUAGUGUGCAGUUACUGCUGUAGAAAAGUAUCAAUAGCUUCAUUUCAUAUAAACACGAGUAACUUCCAGACACUUGUGUAGAGGACUGGCAGUACAUUGAGUAUUUAAGUAAUUUGAACCAGUUCUGCAGGGUUUUGUAUUACUGUGAAGAUAUGGAAAUGUAGUGCAUUACAAUUUACAGUAAUUGUAAUAAUAACACCCCGAUUUCUACAUUCCCUCUCUGACCCUUCUUUAGGGGUUAAUCUUUUCAGAAGCAACUUUUCCAUACUCUUACUGCAUAUUCCUUUUUAGUAGGAAUCCAGAAGUGUUGGAUUGAAUGGGAAAGCUCUUAAUGCAUCUGGUUUUGUGGGGAUCACAGAUUGAAAUGUCUUCUAGUCACUUAUUCUGGAGGCUGGUUAUGUCUGUCUGUGACAACAAAGAGUUUCCUUUAUGCAUUCUUCAUUUGCUGCCGUUUGAGUUGACAACUUCCUUCCCAAUAAAAAUUCACUUAUACUUCC